AUGAUGGUGUAUGUGCACAGAUACGAGCAGCUGGCAAACAAACCUGUAAAAUUUUUACUGUUCAUAAAGAAGACCCUCAUCCCCAAGAAAAUAGACCCUCCUGAUAAAAUAAUAUUAAGCUUUUAUGAAGAAAUAGAAACAGGCUACAUUUUUGAGUUAUUAGCUGAUAUCAAAAUCACAGAGACAGGAAAGAGACAAGUAAGAAAUGAACAAAUGUUAAAGCAAUUGCCACAUGGUAAAUUAAAGAAGUAUGUUUCUGUAGCUGACUUAAUUCGUGGUGUACACAUUUCUUUUAUGACACCAGAUAGGAUUUGGGUCAAUGAUGGACGCAGUCUUAUUUUAACAAAUUCGAAAGGUAACAAUCUACAUCAUAUUUUCGAUGUAAGUGAACUUUACGGUGUACAUACAGUAAACAGUGAAGGAGAGCUGAUUUAUGUAGACAAAGACUGGAACAUUAACAAACUAAGUGCAGACAAUACUACAAAGUCGACACUGAUAAAGAGAACAGAAGGAUGGGAACCAUGGUGUAUCUGUCACUCAGCCUCUACUGAAGAUUUGGUGGUCAUGAUGAGAUAUGAUACAAGAAACCCCACCAUAGUAUUAUCAGAUGUGAAAGUCAUUCGGUACAAUAGUGCAGUACAACCAAUCCAAACCAUCCAAUACCACAAGACAGGCGAACCAUUAUAUGAUGAACCUGCCUACAUCACGGAGAACCGGAAUGGAGAUAUUGUCGUGUCUGAUAGAGUGAAGGGUGUGGUGGUCACAGACCGUGAAGGGAAAUAUCGUUUCACUUACAUAAGACCAGAAGGAUGGUCAUUUGCAAAAUUUAUGCCUUGUGGAAUCUGUGUGGAUGCAUUUUUCAAUAUCCUGAUCUCUUGUGUUUUGGACUGUACAAUACACAGGAUUAAGAAGGACGGUCAUCUCCUGUCAAUUACAGCAACGGCAAAAGAUGGAGUUUUUGACCCAUUGGGUCUGGGGUAUGACGAAAAAAAUUAUCUCGUUUUGUUGGGAUCAGACAACAAAAACAUACUGAGUGUAUACAGAUCUACAGAACGACAAGAUUAUCUCGCAUAA